GGCGGGGAGGCCGUGCCGGGGCCGUGCCGUACCGUGCCGGGGGGGAGCGGGUCCGGGGACGCGGGGCGGGCGGAGCUGGCGGGCGGGGGGAAGCCCCACUCGGCGCAGCCGGCGCGGCGGCUCCGGCAGGUGGCACUGGCCGCCUCCCCCCGCCGCCUCCCCCGCGCCCCCCCCGGCCCGGGCUCCGCCGCCGCGCUCAGUCCGCCAGCGCCGAUGCUGCUGAGCGGAGCGGCGGCCGGCUCGGAGCGCGGCGGCGGCGGGGCGGCAGGCGGGGCGGCGGCCGGCGGGGCUCCGCAGUGCGUGGGCACCAUGGCCCGCUGGCUCCGUGAGCACCUGGGCUUCCGCAGCGCCAAGCCCGCGCCCCCCGCGCCGCCCAAGCCCGACUACCGCGCCGGGCUGCCCCCGCAGCCGCCCCCGCCGCCGGGGGGCGCCGGCGAGCCGCUGGCCGCCGCCCAGCCCGACAUCGUGGCGGCCUACCGGCUGCAGAAGGAGCGCGACUUCGAGGACCCCUACAGCGGCGCGCCGCCGCCCGCCGCCCCCGACGGACCCCGCUACGUCUCGCCCAAGCACCGGCUCAUCAAGGUGGAGACGGUCGAGAAGGUCCCCGCCAGCCCCCCGCCGCUGCUACUGACGCCCGCCGUCCCCAGCUCGCCUUCGGCCGGUCCCGAGCCGCCCGACGAGCCACCGCCGCCGGAGCUGCCUGUCCUGGAGGACUAUGCAGACCCCUUCGACGCGGCGCAGGUGGCUGGCAGCCAGGCAGGGCUGGAGAAGGUGGCUGAGAACGAUGGCUACAUGGAGCCCUAUGAAGCCCAGAAGAUGAUGGCUGAGAUCCGCCAGAAGGGGCUGCGGGAGGCCCCUGCCCGGCCGCUGCACCUCUAUGACACCCCCUACGAGCCUGUGCUGGCAGCGCUGGCGGACGGCGAGCGCCCGGCUGGGCCCCGGCCCCGCGAGUCCCGGCUGCCUGAGGACGACGAGCGGCCGCCCGAGGAGUAUGACCAGCCCUGGGAGUGGAAGAAGGAGAGGAUCUCCAAAGCCUUCGCUGUUGAAAUCAAGGUCAUUAAAGACCUGCCAUGGCCCCCGCCGGUGGGACAGCUGGACAGCAGUGAAAGCCCCCUGGAGGGUGAGGGCGGUGCCUCCGUGCCUCUGCAGCACGGCCAGCCCAGCUUCGAGGACACCAACGGUCCAUCGGAGGCGCUGGGCUACGGCCGCACCUCGCCCUGCAGGGAGGACAAGGCCAGAGCUGCCCUCAGGCACGGCUCCAGCAGCCUGAAGAGCAGCAAGACGCUGACCCCCGAGCCCGGACCCUUUGUUGGGGAGAGAAUUGACCCUGCCCUGCCCCUGGAGAGCCAGUGCUGGUACCACGGAGCCAUCAGCCGGACGGACGCCGAGACGCUGCUGCGGCUGUGCAAGGAGGCCAGCUACCUGGUGCGCAACAGCGAGACCAGCAAGAACGACUUCUCCCUCUCCCUCAAGAGCAGCCAGGGCUUCAUGCACAUGAAGCUGUCACGGACGCAGGAGAACAAGUACGUGCUGGGGCAGCACAGCCCUCCCUUCGACAGCGUGCCCGAGAUCAUCCACCACUACGCCAGCCGCAAGCUGCCCAUCAAGGGGGCCGAGCACAUGUCCCUGCUCUACCCGGUGGCCAUCCGUACCUUAUAGUACUGGCCCC